AAUUUGUUUCUUUUGAGAUAGCUAAUAACAAGCUAAUAACAAGAUGACUCGUUCAAGAUCUUCUUCUGUGGUUAGUCUUUCUGAACUAAAAGGGGAUGUUGAAGAUAAAAGUUUGGAGAGAGCAGGCGACUUAAUCCGUUUAACUAAAUGUGAAGAUGCUGAUAUUAUUUCAAUUGCAUAUAAAUAUUGCUCUAAAUGUCUUGCCGGAGCUUGGGCUAAGUGUAAACCAGAAAAGUUUACUGUCAAUAUUCUCAAUGGUGGUUUAACAAAUUAUUUGUAUGUGUGCGAAGUUGUUGAUGAUGUUCAUUUUAAACCACAUGAGCCAAGGAAAGUUCUUCUGAGAAUAUAUGGAGAUAUUGUGGAUCAGAAACAACGAUUUUAUGAGGGGGUUAUUUUUACUUUGCUCUCUGAGCGUGGAAUAGGUCCAAAAACCUUUGGUGUCUUUAACUCUGGAAGAAUAGAAGAGUUUAUACCAUUUCGGGACUUGUUUACAACAGAGCUAGCUGAUCCUAUGAUUUCAACAUUAAUAGCUAAGAGGCUUGCUGAGUUUCAUUCUAUAAACUUACCAUUGAGUAAAGAACCAACAUUUCUCUGGGAAAAUAUGGAAAAAUUUAUCGAAGUUUGCUCAGAGAUAACAUUUGAAGAAGAAACAAAGCAGGAAAGAUUUGAAAAAAUGAAAAAAAAGAUAAAUGUUCAUCUUGAAUAUAAAUGGCUACGGAAAAUGCUUACAGACUUGAACUCUCCAGUUGUCUUUAGUCAUAAUGAUUUACAAGAAGGUAAUAUUUUAUACAUCAAUACUGGAGAUGUCAACACAGAUGUCAAAAUUGUUGACUAUGAUUACAGCAGUUUCAACUACAGAGGAUAUGACAUUGGUAAUCACUUUUGUGAGUGGAUGUAUGAAUACAAAAGUCAUCAUGAAAAUGGUUUUAAGGUUUUUUAUAAUGCAUAUCCGAGCAGAUCUCAACAGGAGUUAUUUGCUCAGCAAUAUAUUAAAACCACCAAUGAAAUAUUGAAUAGUUUUUCGGAAAACAAAAUCGACCAUCAAAAGUUUAAGUAUGACUUGACUCCAUGUUCAGUUGAAACUUUGUUGGAUGAAGGAAAUAAGUUUGCGCUUGCUUCUCAUUUUUUUUGGUUACUAUGGUCAGUUAUACAAGCACGGUUAUCAAAAAUUUGUUUUGGUUAUCUGGAGUAUGCUGAGAUUCGAUUAGAAGCUUACAUCACUCAUAAAAAGCAAAUCGGCUUUUAAUCAGCCAAUUUCUCAUUAGUCUUUUUAUUCAUUUAAAUUUUUAUAAA